AUGACAUUUAAGAGUUUUGUUGACAAUUCAUCUGCAAGCGACGAGUGGAUGUAUUUCGACUACAAAUAUGUUUAUCAGUGGUUUAACACUGAUGAUGAACUGUACAAGGAUAUAAGUUGGAAGCAGUUUGGUUACUCGGACAAAGGUGCUGCAGAUGCGACGUUAUGGGUUGGCAGUAGUGGAGCUCAUACACCAGCUCAUCAGGAUACAUAUGGGGUUAAUAUUGUCACCCAAUUGUUUGGAAAAAAACGUUGGAUACUGUUUCCUCCUGGUACUGGAGGUCUAAAGCCCACUAGAGUGCCAUAUGAAGAGUCGAGUGUGUACAGUGAACUGAACUUCUACUGUCCUAAUAAUUUAGAUGUUUUCAAUAGUUUGACAGGUGGCCGUAUGGUGGAGCUAUCCGCUGGUGAUGCUCUUCUAGUACCAAGAGGCUGGUGGCACUAUGUACAGAACGUAGAUCCAAUAAAUAUAGCACUGAAUAUUUGGUUACCUCAUGAAAAAGAUGGCUCAACACGAGUUUCUGAAGCUCUGAUUAAAAUAUUUGUAGCGCAAAUAUGCAAGGAUCUUCCCCAGGAAACCGCGAAGUUAAUAAUUAAUCCUAACGAGGAUGAUAUAGCCGAUACGCCACUGUCAGUACUAUUUUUACAAUUAGACACAGUAGCUAACGCGUACUUAGACAACAGGCGCAAACUUCGACGUGCGAAGAGACAGAGAACUCGCGAAGAUGAAUCCAUACCGACUGAAGUCGAAGACAUCGAUAUAAAGUCUUUAAUAGAUGAUAAAUCGAACAAUCUGGAAAAUGCUGCUUUGAUUACAGCUGAAGAGUUGGUUAAGUUAAUAAAACAGAAUCUCAAGGAUUACGUGAAUAGAGAUAGACCACUUUGUGAUGACGAAAUAGACGGCUCUACAACAGGAUUGUGUUUAACGAAAGCAGUUAUUGAUGCUUAUAGCGAAGCUAACGUCAUUAACAUGGUGAAACAAAAUUUAUUGGCUCGACUAAAUUGA